ACUCUUUAUUCUUGUAUAUAUAGAAAGUACCCAUUUCAUAUAUAUGUUUUACUCAGGAAAACAUGUUACAGCUAUACAAACGUAUAAGAACCCCAUUUUCCUCAGGGACGUGGUUCACGGGAAACACCAGCUCAUUGAUUGCUUAGUUGUGCCAGAGACGUAUAUACCUGAUAUACAAGUCUCUGGUUGUGCGAGUCCUAAAAUCAAAUCAGUCAUUUUAUAACAUAACAAUAUUUCAUUAACUUGAAAAACAUCAGCUUCAGCCUUCGUUCUCAGUUGAUAUUGGCUAUUUAGUCAAUCGGAAGCUCUCGUGGUUUUCUUUCUACAUUCGCAGACGGAGGAGAGGUGUUCCGACUGCGAUUUAGUUUCACAAUAUCUAUUUUUAGAUGGAGAAAGUCCUUCCGGUGGAAUCCCCAAAGCAUGUAAGAUGAAGGUGCAUGAUGCUCUACGCUUUGCGGGGUAUACAAUAGCACUCGGUGCUUUCACUGAAAUUAUCUACACGAUUUAUAAAAAGAUUGCCAAGAAAUCAAAUGCAAAGAAGGACAUGACAGAGGUGAUUUUCUUUCCCGAUAGCAAAGUGGCGUGCGUUGAUUACUUCACCAAAGUAAAUGGCUGUGUGACAAGGGAGUGCCGAUUUUCUCAUAAGGAAAAUUCACUCAGCAAACUGUUUAUGAAGUUGUCUAGAUCCAUAAAGAGCAUGGAUGUAUGUGUAUUUGUCAUGACUUGCACUGACCUGACUGAUCUGCUGAUCCAGGCACACAGGAGAGGAGUGUGUGUACGAGUGAUUACAGACUGUGAACAGGUCGACGCUACUGGCUCACAGGUCUGGCGUUUGCGUAGUGAAGGUAUUGCUGUUCGUACAGAUGGGUCCUCAUUCUUCAUGCAUCAUAAGUUUGUGGUCAUUGAUGAAAAGACACUGAUUAAUGGUUCAUUUAACUGGACCCGCCAGGCCAUCACAGGAAACCAGGAGAACCUUCUCAUCUCAGACAAUCCAAUGUUGGUCAAAGAGUAUCACAAACAAUUUGAACAUCUCUGGACACUGUAUGACCCGCGGUCAACAUGACUGGCCACCUGGUAUUGCCACUCAACAUUUGUUUAAUCAAACAAAGGACAGCAGGUUAAAGUUACUGUUAAUGAGCAGUUAUAAUACUUGUUUAUGGUUCUGUUUAUGAGAAGGCAUCAAAAUGGUGUUAGCUUUCCAAUGACAACUGUAAGGUGUAAGUCUCCUGAUCUAAAGCCAAGGGCAUGGUACAUACCUCAUGGUACAGACUACAUGGGGACAUGGUAGAGACCUCAUGCUACCAGACUACAUGGUACAUACCUCAUGGUACAGAUUACAUGGCAGAUACCUCAUGGCACAGACUACAUGGGGACAUGGUACAGACCUCAUGCUACCAGACUACAUGGUACAGACCUCAUGGUACAGACUACAUGGUACAGACCUCAUGGUACAGACUACAUGGUACAGACCUCAUGGUUCAGACUACAUGGUACAGACCUACAUGGUACAUACCUCAUGGUACAGACUACAUGGUAGAGACCUCAUGGUACAGACUACAUGGUACAUACCUCAUGGUACAGACUACAUGGUAGAGACCUCAUGGUAUAGACUACAUGGGGACAUGGUAGAUACCUCAUGCUACCAGACUACAUGGUACAGACAUCAUGCUACCAGACUACAUGGUACAGACAUCAUGCUACCAGACUACAUGGUACAGACCUCAUGGUUCAGACUACAUGGUACAGACCUCAUGGUUCAGACUACAAGUACAGACCUCAUGAUACAUACUACAUGUUACAGACUACAUGGUGCAUACUUCAUUGUACAGACCUCAUGGUACAGACUACAUGGUAAAGACCUCAUGGUACAGACUACAUGGUACAGACCUCAUGGUACAAACCUCAUGGUACAGACCUCAUGGUACAGACUAGAUGGUACAUACCUCAUUGUACAGACUACAUGGUACAGACCUCAUGGUACAUACCUCAUUGUACAUACUACAUGGUACAUACUUCAUGAUACAGACUACAUGGUACAUACCUCAUGGUACAGACGUCAUGGUACAUACUUCAUGGUACAGACUACAUGGUACAUACCUCAUGGUACAUACUUCAUGGUAAAGACCUCAUGGUACAUACUUCAUGGUACAUACUACAUGGUAAAUACCUCAUUGUACAGACUACAUGGUACAUACCUCAUGGUACAGACUACAUGGUACAGAUCUCAUGGUACAGACUACAUGGUACAUACCUCAUUGUACAGACUGCAUGGUACAGACCUAAUGAUAAGACCUCACAGUAAAGACCCUUUAGGGUACAGACUACAUGGUACAGACUACAUGGUACAGACUAAAUGGUACAGACUACAUGGUACAUACUUCAUGGUACAGACCUCAUGGUUCAUACUUCAUGGUACAGACCUCAUGGUACAGACUACAUGGUACAGACCUCAUGGUACAUACAUCAUGGUACAUACCUCAUUGUACAGACUACAUGGUACACACCUCAUUGUACAGACUACAUGGUACAGACUACAUGGUACAUACCUCAUUGUACAGACUACAUGGUACAUACCUCAUUGUACAGACUACAUGGUACAGAUCUCAUGGUACAGACUACAUGGUACAUACCUCAUUGUACAGACUGCAUGGUACAGACCUAAUGAUAAGACCUCACAGUAAAGACCCUUAAGGGUACAGACUACAUGGUACAUACCACAUUGUUCCAACCUCAUGGUAAAGACCAUCAUGGUACGGUACAGACCACAUCUUACCGACCUCAUGUUACAGACUGCAUUGUACCAACCGCUUGGUACAGACCAAAUUGUACUAACCUCAUGGUACAUACAAAUGGUACCAACCUCAGUCUAAUGACCAUCAUGGUCUUACAUACCUCAUUGUACAGACCUCAUGGUACAGACUACAUGGUACAGACCUCAUGGUACAGACUACAUGAUACAGACCUCAUGGACAGACCUCAUGGUACAGACUACAUUGUACAGACCUCAUGGUACAGACUACAUGAUACAGACCUCAUGGACAGACCUCAUGGUACAGACCUCAUGGUACAGACCUCAUGGUACAGACUACAUGGUACAGACCUCAUGGUACAGACCUCAUGGUUCAGACCUAAUAGUACAGAGUUCAGGGUACAGACCUAAUAGUACAUACCAUACGGUACAGAUCUCAUUUUACAGACCACAUGGUACAGACUUUAUGGUACAUACUUUAUGGUAGACCUCAUGGUACAGACCUCAUGGUACAGACCUCAUGGUACAGACUUCGUGGUACAGACCUCGUGGUACAGACCUCAUGAUACAGACUACAUGGUACAGACCUAAUGAUAAGACCUCACAGACUGCAUUGUACCAACCUCAGUCUAAUGACCAUCAUGGUCUUACAUACCUCAUUGUACAGACCUCAUGGUACAGACUACAUGAUACAGACCUCAUGGACAGACCUCAUGGUACAGACUACAUGAUACAGACCUCAUGGACAGACCUCAUGGUACAGACCUCAUGGUACAUACCUCAUGGUACAUACCUCAUGGUACAGACUACAUGGUACAGACCUAAUGAUAAGACCUCACAGACUGCAUUGUACCAACCUCAUGGUACAGACCAAAUAGUACAGAUUACAUGAUACAGACCACAUGGUACUAACCUCAAGGUACAUACAAAUGGUACCAACCUCAGUCUAAUGGCCAUCAUGGUCUUACAUACCUCAUUGUACAGACCUCAUGGACAGACUACAUGAUACAGACCUCAUGGUACAGACCACAUGGUACAUACCACACGGUACAGACCUCAUGGACAGACCUCAUGGUACAGACUUUAUAGUACAGACUUUAUGGUACAGACUUUAUGGUACAGACUUUAUGGUACAGACCUCAUGGACAGAUCUCAUGGUACAGACUACAUGAUACAGGCUACAUGGUACAUACCUCAUGGUACAGACUACAUGGUACAGACCUCAUGGUACAGACCUCAUGGUACAGACUACAUGGUACAGACUACAUGGUACAGACUACAUGGUACAGACUACAUAGUACAGACCUCAUGGUACAGACCUCAUGGUACAGACUACAUGGUACAGACUACAUGGUACAGACUACAUAAUACAGACUACAUGGUACAGACCUCAUGGUACAGACCUCAUGGUACAGACUACAUGAUACAAAACUCAUGGACAGACCUCAUGGUACAGACUAUAUGGUACAGACUUCAUGGUACAGACUGCAUGGUACAUAUUACAUGGUACAUACCUCAUUGUACAUACUACAUGAUACAGACUACAUGGUACAGACUUCAUGGUACAUACCUCAUUGUACAGACUACAUGGUACAGACUACAUGGUACAGACCUCAUGGUACAGACUACAUGGUACAGACUUCAUGGUACAGACUUCAUGGUAAGACCAUACGGUACAGACUACAUCGUACAGACUUCAUCAUACAGACCUCAUGAUAUCAACCACAUGGUACAGAGGGCACGGUACAGACCACAUGGUACAGACCAUAUGGUACAGACUUCAUGGUACAGACCUCAUGGUACAGACUACAUGGUACAUAUUACAUGGUACAGACUACAUGAUACAUACCUCAUGGUACAGACCUCAUUGUACAGACUACAUGGUACAGACCUCAUAGUACAGACUACAUGGUACAGACUUCAUCAUACAUACCUCGUGAUAUCAACCACAUGGUGCAGAGGGCACGGUACAGACCACAUGGUAUGGUCCACAUAGUACAGACAACAUGGUACAGACCUUAUGGUACAGACUUCAUGGUACAUAUUACAUGGUACAUACCUCAUUGUACAGACUACAUGGUACAGACUACAUGGUACAGACCUCAUGGUACAGACCUCAUGGUACAGACUUCAUGGUAAGACCAUACGGUACAGACUUCGUGGUACAGACUACAUCGUACAGACUACAUCGUACAGACUUCAUCAUACAGACCUCAUGAUAUCAACCACAUGGUACAGAGGGCACGGUACAGACCACAUGGUACAGACCAUAUGGUACAGACCUCAUGGUUCAGACUACAUGGUACAGACUACACGAUACAUACCUCAUGGUACAGACUACAUGGUAGAGACCUCAUGGUCCAGACUACAUGGUACAUACCUCAUGGUACAGACUACAUGGUACAGACCUCAUGGUACAGACUACAUGGGGACAUGGUAGAGACCUCAUGGUACAGACUACAUGAUACAGACCUCAUGGUACAGACCUCAUGGUACAGACUACAUGGUACAGACUACAUGAUACAGACCUCAUGGUACAUACCUCAUGGUACAGACCUCAUGGUAAGACUUCAUGGUAAGACUACAUCGUACAGACUUCAUCAUACAGACUUCAUCAUACAGACCUCAUGAUAUCAACCACAUGGUGCAGAGGGCACGGUACAGACCACAUGGUAUGGUCCACAUAAUACAGACAACAUGGUACCAACAUGGUAUUGUCCACAUAGUACAGACAACAUGGUACCAACAUGGUAUGGUCCACAUAGUACAGACAACAUGGUACCAACAUGGUAUUGUCCACAUAGUACAGACAACAUGGUACCAACAUGGUAUGGUCCACAUAGUACAGACAACAUGGUACCAACAUGGUAUGGUCCACAUAGUACAGACAACAUGGUACCAACAUGGUAUGGUCCACAUAGUACAGACAACAUGGUACCAACAAGGUAUGGUCCACAUAGUACAGACAACAUGGUACCAACAUGGUAUUGUCCACAUAGUACAGACAACAUGGUACCAACAUGGUAUGGUCCACAUAGUACAGACAACAUGGUACCAACAUGGUAUGGUCCACAUAGUACAGACAACAUGGUACCAACAUGGUACCAACAAGGUAUGGUCCACAUAGUACAGACAACAUGGUACCAACAUGGUAUUGUCCACAUAGUACAGACAACAUGGUACCAACAUGGUAUGGUCCACAUAAUACAGACAAUAGGGUACCAACAUGGUAUGGUCCACAUAGUACAGUCAACAUGUUACCAACAUGGUAUGGUCCACAUAGUACAGACAACAUGGUACCAACAUGGUAUGGUCCACAUAGUACAGACAACAUGGUACCAACAUGGUAUGGUCCACAUAGUAGACAACAUGGUACCAACAUGGUAUGGUCCACAAAGUACAAACCACAUUGUAGUAUGAUUAUACAUAUUCGGUCAUUUUUUCUAAUUUUUCAAUUAUAUACAUUUUGUCGUGAAAUUAAGGGAGAAAAGGUUGGGGUUAAACAAGAUGUAUAAUAACCGAAAGAUACAUUUUACUAGAUUAAACUUCAAGGUCAUUUGGAUCAUAAGCUCAAGGACAAAUUUGGUCUCUGACAACCUUUUCUCAUUAAGAUCCAGUGCCAUGAUAUAGUGCCAGUAUGAUGCUGGGAUAAAGGGCUAUCAACAUCAUUCAAUUAAAAUCAAUAGAUCUAUAAAGUUCAAUCUUUAUAAUUUAAUGUUAUGUUUUGUUGCCUCACAUUUUUUCAUUCUUAUUUAAGAUCCACUGACAAUAGUCUGUUGGAAAGAAAGUGUAACUGUGGAUAUACAGAUGUGAAUGUUUGUCUCUAUUCAUGUAUUUUGUAUGUCAUGUCUUGUUAUCAAAAUGAGAAAAUGAAUGAAAAAUAAAUUUUAAUAAAAAAACAUCGUUCAAAUA